CUAUCGAACGGGCUGAUUCAAGAGAGGCGUUUCAGCACUGUUCACCGGGAGAGUAGACGCGACAUUUGCCGCUAGUAGAAAGGAGUGGAGCAAAUGAGAUCGAAAACUCUUCUUUCAUGUGGAUUACUUCUGGAAAAGAAAACCCAUAGCACAAGUGGAAACUACAGUAGCUGCGAAAUACAAAGACUUGAAUAAUACGGUCACUGUCUACGGCACCCAACGCAUGAUGUACGGUGCAUGCUCUGCAGCUCCACCCACUUCCUGUCUGUAGAGGAAGCGGCUGCACCAGCAUGUCCUCCAUCCCCCAGUCUGUGCCUCAGGGCCGGAGGGCUGUGGACACACGCCACCUGCCAAACCCUUCCAGUUUACCACUGCAGCUGGCACGGGCACACACGGAGGUGGGACUGGUGGACUACCACCCUCACUCUCGGGAAUACAGCUCCCACCUGGCCCAGCCCCACCGCCGUCGGCCCUCCCUGCUGUCCGAGUUCCAGCCAGGGAACGAGAGAAGUCAGGAGCAACACAUCCGCUAUGAACACAUCUACCUGCCCGAGCCAAACAACCAAUCAGAGGUGGAAUAUGCUGAGAUUAAGCGCCCACGUCUAGACAUGGGGGCAGAGUCUCUCAUGAGGCUCUCAGCCCACCGCCCUCAACUUCCUCUGGGAGGGACUGAGGACAUGUCAAAGGACCGGGGCAGCUCCAUGGGGAAGCUGGAACCCAUUUCCCCUGCCAGCCCAGCACAGAUGGACCCUGACUUGGACCUGGUACCUGCCCGCUUCUCCAAGGAGGAGCUCAUCCAGAACAUGGACCGUGUGGACCGGGAGAUUACCAUGGUGGAGCAGCAGAUCGGCAAGCUACGCAAGAAACAGGUACAGCAACAGCUAGAGGAGGAAGCAGCAAAGCCCCAGGAGCCGGAGCGGUCCAUGAUCUCACCCCCGCCCAGCGAGGCCAAGCACCGAAGCCUGGUGCAGAUAAUCUACGAUGAGAACCGGAAAAAGGCAGAGGAAGCUCACAGGAUUCUGGAAGGUCUGGGACCCCAAGUAGAACUGCCUCUGUAUAAUCAGCCGUCCGACACCAAGCAGUACCAUGACAACAUCAAAAUAAACCAGGCGAUGAGGAAGAAGCUCAUUCUGUACUUCAAGAGGAGAAAUCAUGCUCGUAAGCAGUGGGAACAGAGGUUCUGCCAGCGCUAUGACCAGCUGAUGGAGGCCUGGGAGAAGAAGGUGGAGCGCAUUGAGAACAACCCUCGGCGCCGGGCUAAGGAGAGCAAGGUUCGCGAGUACUACGAGAAACAGUUCCCUGAGAUCCGCAAGCAGAGAGAGCUGCAGGAACGCAUGCAGAGCAGCAGAGUGGGGCAGCGAGGAGGAGGUCUGGCCUCUGCAGCCCGCAGUGAGCACGAGGUCUCCGAGAUCAUCGACGGUAUAUCCGAGCAAGAGAAUACGGAGAAGCAGAUGCGCCAGCUGGCUGUUAUCCCGCCCAUGCUGUUUGACGCCGAGCAACAGCGCAUCAAGUUCAUCAACAUGAACGGCCUGAUGGACGACCCCAUGAAGGUGUACAAAGACCGGCAGGUCAUGAACAUGUGGAGCGAGCAGGAGAAGGACACCUUCCGUGAAAAGUUCAUCCAGCACCCAAAGAAUUUUGGCCUGAUUGCUUCUUUCCUGGAGAGAAAGACGGUGGCGGAGUGUGUCCUCUUCUACUACCUGACCAAAAAGAAUGAGAACUACAAAAACAUAGUGCGCAGAAACUACCGGCGCCGUGGCAGGAGCCAGCAUGGACAGCAGCAGCAGCAGCAGCAACAGCAGCAGCAGCAACAGCAGCAACAGCAGCAGGUGAACCGCGGCAGCCAGGAGGACAAGGAGGAGAAGGACAAGGAGAGGGAGAGGGAAGGGGAGAGGGAUGAGGAGAAGACCGAGGGAGAGGACAAGGAGGAUGUCAUGAAGGAUGACACCUCUGGCGAGGACGGCGAGGACAAAGAACCCACAGUGGCCUUUAAGGGUCGGCGUACAGCCAACAGCCAGGGCCGUCGGAAGGGCCGCAUCACCCGCUCCAUGACCAGUGAGGUGGAGGAGACCACCACGCCCCCACUCAGCAGUGACCUAGCCAAUCUGGAGAUGAAUGAGAGCUCUCGCUGGACUGAGGAGGAGAUGGAAACUGCCAAAAAAGGUCUUCUCCAGUAUGGUAGGAAUUGGUCGGCCAUCGCCAAGAUGGUGGGCUCCAAAACCGUGUCCCAGUGCAAGAACUUCUACUUCAACUACAAGAAGAGGCAGAAACUCGACGAGAUUCUGCAACAGCAUAAAAUGAAAUCGGAGAGAGAGCGUAAGGCACGGCGUAAAGGCAAAGCCCUCCAAAGUGAAGAGGCCAGUGCCCCGUCUGCUGCCGAGGAGGAGGAAAUGGAGGGCUCCGGGGCCAGUGGCAACGAGGAGGAGGCCCCAGAGGAUGGAGAAGGUGGGGUUAACAACAGCUCAGACACAGAGAGUCUGCCGUCUCCGCGCUCCUCUGAGGAAAUCAAGGCUAAAGAGGAGGGAGGCGGCCGAGCCAAGACUGGCUGUAACUCCGGGGACAAGGAUGCUUCAUGCUCGGACACAGGCCAGGCAGGUGACGAUAAGCCUCCAGGAGAUGGAGAGAAGGCCAUCAAGCAAGAAGUGAAGAUAGAAGCAGGGGAAGUCAGUAAGGAGGAGCCCAGUGAAUCCACAGACGGAGACAGGAAGCCCACUACUGCAGAGGCAGAGGAGAGCAAGAGCUCCUCAAAGAGCUCUAAGAGGGAACAUGUGUCCAAAACUGGCUCUCAUGCAGACAGUGACUCUAGCGCCACCUGCAGCGCUGAUGAGGUUGAGGAGUCGGACAACACCGAGAAGAACAGGAUGACUUCCCCUGGCCGUCCCAGCCUGCUGAACUAUGCUCAUGAUGGGGUCAUUUCCUCCCCUCUGCAGAAGCCUAUGGACCUGAAGCAGCUCAAACAGAGGGCUGCUGCCAUUCCCCCUAUAAUGCCCCAGAUGCCGGACUGCGGUCCCCGGGGUGGGGGCGCGAAGGCCAUCCGGCCCCACGACGCCCUGGCUCUGUACCAGCGUCAGAUCACCAAGGCCCACGGAGAGUCCUCGCAGGAAGCCAAGCAGCAGCACAUCGGUCCGUCCGUUAAAGCGCAGCCCUGCCCGGCCCAGGGAGACGGAGACCGAGACGGCCACGGCAUCAGCAGCCCCCGCGGCCGGCCACGCAGUCCCUCCAACAGCGACAAGGACGAGCUGGAAGGCAACGAGAGGUGGCUGCAGACCCUACUUCACGGAUUACAUAAGUCCCGGGCCUUCUCUCCUCACGGGGACCCUAAGAAGCAGGCGGUGGGGCCGGAGGACCUGAGGUCCACUACCCUGGGCCGGUCGGUCAUGUCCCCCUACCCCAUGUCCCCUCGAGACAUGGCCAAGCUCAGCCAUGAUCAGCACUUGCUCCACUACAAUCCCUCUUUCCAGCAGACCGGUCACUCUGGGCCCCCUGGUCUGCAGCAGGAUGGCGCCAGAUUGGCCGCAGUGCGACCCCUCCACAUGCCAGAGCCACCCCCUCUCAUCUCCUCCAACAAGUCAGGGGGGUCUAUCACACAGGGCACCCCGGUGCAGAUGCACAGCCCGGCUCAUGGCUUGGACCACGGGAAGAUGCCCCCUGCACAGAUGGGUUUGUCCUGGAUGGAUCAGAGGAAAGUGGGUGAGUCCAAGUGUCUGGAGUGGGUGAAGCACUCCCAGCCUUGGUUUGCUGGUCCCUACCCUGUGGUGAAGCAGGAGCAGCUGUCCCCACGGUGCUCGUCCUCCCAGGCGGAGAACCUGUCCACGCAGGGUGGGCCCCACGACUCCAACGCCGGACGUGGGUCCAUGCCAGCAGUCCAGGGGGGAAGCAUCACCAAGGGCAUCCCAGGAACCAGAGUGCACCAGGACCCCACCAUCUCCUACCGAGGAGGCUCAAUCACUCAGGGCACCCCGGCAGAUGUGCUGUAUAAGGGGACCAUAACCCGUCUGAUCACAGAGGACAGCCCCAGCAGGGCGGAGAGGGACCAGGCCAAAGGACACGUUGUCUAUGAGGGUGUCAGUGGGCACAUCCUCACCUUUGACCGCCCGUCCUCUCAGAACCCUAAAGACGAUGGCCGGGGUCAGCACGGGGACAUUCUGGGGCUGAAGAGGCCUUUUGAUGUCAUGGAGGGAGGGAUCUCCAGGGGGUUGCCAAUGAGGGAGUCUUUGUCUGCUGCCAACUGUGAGGGUCUGAUUGGCAGAGCCAUGCCGCAUGAGCGAGACAGCCCACACCCAGCACACCACAUCCGUGGUUCCAUUUCACAGGGUAUUCCCCGUCACCUGGACCCCCAGGAUGGCUACAUGAGACGCGAGGCCAAGCAGAUGAAGAGAGAGGCCUCUCCUCCCCGCGGGCCUGGGCAGAUGGCUGACCCCAUGAAGGGCCGAGAGGGGUUAGUACCCACUGUGAAGGAGGGGGGCCGGUCCAUACACCUUAUCCCCCGAGAGGAGCUCCGACAGAUGCCCGAAGGCAUGAUGAUGACCAAGGCCAUAAAAGAUGGCAUCAUAGCACAGGGCACGCCAAUGAAGCAGGAGCCAGGUGGCUCCAGGAAGGGGCAUGACGUUCGCUCCAUUAUCGCCAGCUCCCCACGCUCUCACUACGCCAUCCCCUCGCACCUAGAGAUGCGCGGGCCUGAGCAGCGGGGCCGCUACGAGGAGGGCGCUAAAGGCCGUCCCAGCGCUGUGGUCAGCACAGCCAGCUCCAUGGCCCGCUCCUCGCCCCUGGCCAUGGGGGGAGAUCCGGGCGGCAAGGCCCACCACAGCCCUGUGGGCUACGAGGAACACAAGGCUGGCAUGAGAGCUCCGUACCCUGGGCCUUCUCACCGAGGCUCCCCCCUGUCCAGGGAGUCAGGCCAACGGCAACAUGAAGGCUCCAGCAAGAACCCCCCGCAGGAGCGUAAGGCCACUCCCACCCCCAGGGAGAUGAGCUCCACCAAGUCUCCCCUGCCCGGCGUGGCUGAGCAGCAGGCCUCCCUGGCCUCCUAUGAGCGUCUCCUGCAGGGUCUGGGGGCCGACGUGUAUCGAGGUCAGAUCCCCCUGACCUUUGACCCCUCCACCCUCCGUCAGGGCAUGCCCAUUGACCCAGCGGCCUACUACCUGCCCCGCCACCUGGCUCCUAACCCGGGCUACCCUCACCCCUACCCUUACCUGAUCCGGGGCUUUCCCGACACGGCGGCCUUGGAGAACCGGCAGACGCUGCUCAAUGACUACAUCACCUCCCAGCAGAUGCACCAGUGGCCUGCAGCAGCCGCCAUGGCUGCCCAGCGCUCAGACCUGCUCAGGGGGCUCUCGCCACGGGACCAGCCCCUCCAGCUCCCUUACUCCGCUGCCCCACGCGGAAUCAUUGAUCUGUCUCAGGUGCCACACCUACCCGUCCUGGUCCCUCCCUCUGCAGGGACGUCCGGCCCCCCCAUGGACCGUAUCACCUACAUACCUGGGAGCCAGGGGGCCUUCCAAAGCCGGCCCUACACCACCUCCCCUAUCUCACCAGUCGGGUCCCAACAUAUGAGCAAACAGCACGGCACACCAUCGUCUACUGACCGAGAGCGGGAGAGAGACCGCGAGAGAGACCGCGACCGAGAGAGGGAGAGAGACCGCGACCGAGAGAGGGAGCGAGACCGGGAGCAGGAGAGAGAGCGCGAUCGCGAGAGACAGCGGGACAAGGACCGAGACCGCGAGAAAGGAAUCUCCCACGGGAACGUGGAACAUGCUCCCAUUUGGAGACCAGGAACAGAGCACAGUUCGGGUGGCAGCAGCAGUGUCCGAUCCUCCCACUCUGGCUACGGCCUCCAGCACUCCCCGGUGUCCCCUCGCACCCAGGACAGCGUCCAGCAGAGGCCCAGCGUCCUGCACAACACCGGGGGCAAGAGUCUCCCUGUCAGUGACCACAACCCAUCGGUGUUAAGGUCCGUGCCAGGCUCCAAUCGCUACCCAGGCUACGGCCACCUCCAGAGGACCGGGGUGCCUUCAGAGGGCUACCCACCAAGCAUGGACUCUAAGGAAAUGGGCCGGGAUGGGGGCAAGAGCAGGGGAGGCCUUCCCAAGCACACAGACCAACACGGGCCCCCUAUGUCCUCCAGCAAAUCUGAGCCCAAGCUGGCCAGCCCUAACCAGGGCGGUUACCCCGGGCCCUACCCCCAGGCCCCACCGGCCUCUCACCACUCAGGCCGCCCCUCUCACCUGCUGCCCCCCCAGUCGGAUAACCCUGCGGGCCGCGGAGAAAGUGGCACACCUAGUAGGGAAAAGACUGUAAACAAACCGAUGUCCGUUCAGGAACAAGAGCUCCGAGCACUCGCUCAACAGAAGAUCAUGCCCAUGGAGCAGCACGGUGUGUACCGGCCCCCCUCUGAAGAGAGGCUUUCCCCGGGCCUCCAGCCCCAGUCCCCCCUGGUCAAAGGCAGCCAGAGGGUUGUCACCCUGGCCCAGCACAUCAGUGAGGUGAUCACCAUGGACUACACCCGGCAGAGCCAGCAGGCCCAGCAGCAGCAGCAACAGGCCCCAAUGCCGCAGUCCUACCACAACAACCCGGUCCUGGACCUGACCCGGCCCCCCAGCGCCCCCCAGGCCCCUGUUUCCCAGGAGCCCAGCCAACGAUACACUCCAGAGGUGGCCGGGGGGGAACGUGUCCGUGACAGGUCUCCUCCCCAGCCCAAGGCGUCACCUGUCAGUAUGUCUGCAGACGGCAUUGAGCCGGUGUCCCCUGCGGGAGCCAUGUCUGAACCAGAGACACUAGGGGCCUCCUACCCCAACGAGCAGGGAGAGCAGGGCAUGGGGUCCCGGUCCCCCCCCAACACCUCCCAGCCACCAGCCUUCUUCAGCAAGCUCACUGAGAGCACCUCUGCCAUCGUCAAGUCGAAGAAACAGGAGAUGAUCAAGAAGAUGACAGUGGUCGGCAGUGACUCUGACUUCAAUGCUGGUCAGCCAGGAACAGAGAUCUUCAACAUGCCUGCCUCAACCACUGCUGGCCCUGUUAGCAUCCGCAGCCACCCGGCCCCUGAGGUGUCUGGAAAUACCAUCGGCCUGGAGGCUAUCAUCAGAAAGGCCCUGAUGGGCAAGUAUGAUGAGCAGGCUGAGGAAUGCCCCCCCUCCUCCAGUGCUAUGAACCCCAUUGCUGCCAGUGUCCCUGGCACCAUGGCCCCCGCAGAUGGACGGCCCGAGGACCCCUACUCGUUACAAGGUGGGGGGAAGUCAAAGAGUGGCGGUCGCUCUAAUGGGCGGAAGGCCAAAUCCCCUGGGCCGGGCCUGUCAGUGGGGGAGAGGCCUUCCUCUGUGUCGUCUGUCCACUCUGAAGGGGACACCAACCGUCGUACCCCCCUCACCAACCGCAUCUGGGAGGACCGGCCCUCUUCCACAGGCCCCACCCCCUUUCCGUGUAACCCCCUGACCAUGCGUUUUCCCAGCGGCAUGCCGGCGUCGGCCCCGCCCCCGUCCCCCUCCUCCGGCCAGCUUGGGGCCCAGGGACCGGGACGAGCCUGGGAGGAGGAGCCUAAACCCCUGCUGUGCUCUCAGUACGAGACGUUGUCUGACAGCGAGUGAGCGACCCGUCGGUGAACCAACCAGAGCCCGCCAACUAUCAACCACCUCCCUUGCUGCGCACUUACACACACACACCUCCCUCUGCAUCUCCACCCAUUGGAGGAGUGCCACAUGACCUCUGAA